UGACUGUGAGGAGUGGGAUAGAGCAGGGCGAAUGUUAAAGGCACACAAAGCCUGAGCCGCACUCUGCCUGCUCUUGGUGUGCUUGCCAAAGGCACGGCGGCUUUAAUGGAAAGACUGGAGCUCCCACAGAGGGUGAUGUCAUGCAUUUCUCAUCUGAGAGCCGACUGUUUUUUUUGAUGGAGACUUUUUUUCAAAUGCUGUGGUAGGAAAGUACUGGGGGAUCCACGGCAUGAAGUCACAGGGAGCUGGGGAAGGAAGGGUGUGAAGGGGACAUGCUGGCUGCGGGACAGAGGAGAGGGGAGCUGAGGCGGGCGAGCAGCCACAGGAUGGGGGCUUGGACAGCGCUGAGCUUGCUGCUCCUCCACAUGCCGGCUGUUCUCAGUCUGCCCAAAGGGUAUACUCUCAUCAACGAGGACUGCCCGGGAGCGGAGUGGAAUAUCAUGUGUCGGGAAUGCUGUGAGAUAGAUCAGAUUGAAUGCACCUGUCCUGGAAAACAGGAAGUGGUGGGCUACUCUGUCCCAUGCUGCCGGAACGAGGAAAAUGAAUGUGACUCUUGUCUGAUCCACCCAGGCUGUGUCAUCUUUGACAGCUGCAAGAGAUGUAACAAUGGCUCGUGGGGGACAUUGGAUGACUUCUACAUCAAAGGGCUUUACUGCUCUGAAUGCCACACUGGCUGGUCGGGGGGGGACUGCUUGAAAUGUGGGAAUGUAAUAAAUGCUUCAAGAGGACAUAUUGUACUGGAAGGAUACCCCAGCAACUCUCACUGUGAAUGGUCCAUAUCAGUGAAUCCAAAUUACACCGUUGAAUUAAGGUUCUCCAUGCUGAGCCUGGAGUUUGACUACAUGUGCCAGUAUGACUACGUGGAGGUCCGUGACGGCGACAACAUCGACACCAGGGUUAUCGGCAGGUUCUGCGGAAACGAGCGCCCUCCCCCAGUCCGCAGCUCCAGCAACAUGUUACAUAUUCUGUUCGUGUCCGAUGGGUACAAACGCUUUGAUGGUUUUUAUGCCACGUUUGAGGAAGUUGAUGUGUGCUCCUCAUCGCCAUGCUUGCACGAUGGGAUGUGUCUCCGGCUCGGACUUGCCAACUAUGAAUGUGCUUGUCUGGCUGGGUACACUGGCAAACGCUGUGAAAACAUGGUGAUAUGUAGGAAUACGUUGGCCCCGGUCAAUGGGACGAUGGAAGGGGAUGACUUCCGAUUUGGCUCCCAGGUCUACUUCGGUUGCCAUGAGGAGUUCCACUUGGUUGGAAGUAACGUUGCCACUUGCCAACUGGAUGGGACAUGGAGCUCAAGUGCGCCACACUGUGUUCCAGAGAUCAAGUUCUGUGCCGACCCUGGUACACCAGUCAAUGGACGUCGGAGGAUUCUGCCCGGAAGCGGGUACCUACGCCAGGGCAAUGCCGCCUUGGGCACCAUCGUGCAGUUCACCUGCAACUCUUUGUUUGUGCUGAGUGGCAGCUCUCUGGCAAGGUGCCAACACGAUGGGAUGUGGUCCGAGAAGCAGCCAACCUGUACGAAAGAGAGGAAGCUUUGUGUCAUUCUGGGAGCACCACUCCAUGGGCAUCGGAGAAUUCUCCCGGGAAGCGGGCACCUACACCAAGGCUAUGCCAGUGUGGGCACCGUCAUGCAGUUCACCUGCAAUUAUUCCUUUGUUCUGAGCGGCAGCCCACAGGUGAGGUGCCAACAGGAUGGGAUGUGGUCAGAGAAGCAGCCUGCUUGCAAGAAAGCUCCAGAGAGGAAGCUAUGUGGUGACCCUGGAGUACCAAUGCAUGGGCAUCGGAGAAUUCUCCCAGGAAGCGGGCAAAUUGACCAGGGCUCUGCCACCUUGGGUACCAUCAUGCAGUUUACCUGCAAUUACUCGUUUGUUCUGAGUGGCAGCCCACAGAUAACUUGCCAACAAGAUGGGAAAUGGACAGAGACACGGCCAAGGUGCACCAAAGCUUGCAAGAGACCCAAAAUCCCUAACUUGGUGAGACAGAAAGUUCUGUCAACACAGCCUCAGACCAGGAGGACACCACUGCACAGGCUACUGGCCACUAUUCUAGACAAGAAGGAGUCCCAGAUCUCACCCACUAAAGCCCCAGUGCAGCGUUCUGGGGAUCUACCAGCGGGAUUCUAUCACCCUCACACUCAGCUGGAGUACGAGUGCAUCUCUCCCUUCUACAGGCGUCUUGGGAGCAGGAAAAGAACCUGUCUUAAAACGGGAAAAUGGAGUGGCCGAUCACCAUCAUGCAUUCCCAUUUGUGGAAAGCUGGGCAACUUCAGCCAGCAGAACCUGCCCUCGAUGAGGUGGCCCUGGCAAGCCGCGCUCUACCAGAAGGUGUCACCGACCAACAACGAGAUUGUCCGAGGGCAGGCCUGGUUCCUGGCGUGCAGCGGGGCCGUGGUGAAUGCGCGCAGUGUCCUGGUGGCUGCCCACUGUGUGACAGAGCUGGGCAAGGCAACGCUGAUCAACACGGCUGACCUGAUGGUGGUCCUGGGCAAGUACUUCUAUGAUGAGUCGCGACAGGAAGAUAGCCGACAGCGCCUGCAGAUCUCCGGAGUCAUCGUGCAUCCCUCCUACGACCCGGUCCUGCUAGAUUCCGACAUUGCCAUCAUUAAACUGAUGGACAAGGCGAAAUUCACCGACCAUGUGCUGCCAGUGUGUCUUCCAGACGUGAAGGACCUGCCCAGCAUCAGCACUCAAGGCUACGUCACUGGUUGGACAAUGCAGAGCGAGCCCAGUGAGAUGGUCCGUGCCAACGAUACCCUCCGGGUUGGCACCAUCGAAACUGGCGACGCGGUCCAAUGCGAGCAGCAGUACGAGGAGCACGGCAUCUCCGUCAGCAUCACCGAGAACAUGUUCUGUGGCCGGCACGAUCAGAGGGGCUUCUCAAACAUUUGCCCGCUGGAGACGGGAGGUGUGGCCACAUUCCCAACAGUGGACAAGGUGGGCAAAGCCUUGACCUGGUAUCUGGUGGGGUUGGUCAGCUGGGGGUAUGAGAAAGGUUGCAGCCCAGAACUUUUCACCGUCUAUACCAACGUGACCCCUUUCAAAGACUGGAUCGAGAAGCACCUGAAAUAAGCAUCUUUCUUCGAGUCAACACGUGGCAAUAAUGACCAGCAGAGUGGUCGCCAUUAACGGCCUGGCUUUCUCAACUGCGCCCUUGGACCUGAUGGUGGCGUUUACACAAGGCAAUAACAAUGCACGCUAGCUGGUCCAUCAGCAGACACCAUUCAUCAAAACCCAACAGCUGGGUUGGUGACUCUGGUGAUUUUUAUCAGCAGCUCAUAUACCUACCCGACUAAAACUCGCUUACAGAGCAGCCGUUAAAUUCAGCUCCCGGGCCUCAGGGAAUCACAUCCCCAUUCCUGACCAUGGGAUUCACAAUCCCUCUUCCCAUCUUUCUCAAACCCUCUCCACAAAGCUCUCUUUCCCUCCUCCCAGGGACCACAUUCCCUCUUCCGAGCAAGAACGCUCCCUCUCCCCAGUCAUCUCAUUCCCUCUUCCCAGGGAAUUGCUUUCCCCCUUUACAGCCAGGAAUCAUACUCCCUCUGCUCAGAUCUUGUAGAGAGAAUCUACAUUAUGCUAAGUUAGGGGUGAAAAUCUAUGAAAUA